AUGUUGACAAUCGGAGAAGGUAAUGUGAUGACUUCAAACAACAGAUUUGCUUCGCCGCCGAUGCCUUCUUCCUCUUCUUCUCCGGCAACAGUCCAAAACCCUAACUUUAAUUUCAUCCCUUUCAAUUCAUUUUCCUCCAUUAUCCCGAAGGAGGAGCAUGGGAUGAUGAGUAUGAUGAUGAUGAUGGGAGAUAAAACAGUAGAGGAAAUGAUGGAAACCGGGUCGGUGGGUGGGUCAUUAGGGUCGGGUAGUGAACAAGCAGAAGAUCCGAAAUCCGGAAAUGAGUUUGAUGUUAAUGAGCUUCAUGAUGAUGAAGAGCAACCUCCUCCGGCUAAGAAGAAACGUUACCAUAGACACACUAAUCAUCAGAUCCAAGAAAUGGAAGCAUUAUUUAAAGAAAACCCUCAUCCAGACGACAAACAAAGAAAGAGAUUAAGUCAAGAACUUGGUCUCAAUGCUCGACAAGUUAAGUUUUGGUUCCAAAACAGGCGUACCCAAAUGAAGGCUCAACAAGACAGAACAGAGAAUGUGAUGUUAAGGGCAGAGAACGAGAGCCUUAAGACGGAGAAUUGCCAUCUUCAGGCGGAGCUACGGUGUCUCUCGUGUCCUUCUUGCGGUGGCCCAACCGUCGUUGGUGAGAUUCCUUUCAACGAACUCCACAUCGAGAAUUGUCGCCUCCGUGAAGAGCUUGAUCGUCUAUGCUCCAUUGCUUCGAGAUACACUGGUCGUCCUUUGCAAUCCAUGGCAGCAUCUCAACCGUUGAUGAAUCAUUCUGCUUCACUUCCACAUCAUCAUCAACCUUCAUUGGAGCUCGACAUGAGCGUAUACGCUGGGAAUUUUCAUGAACAUCCAGACAUGAUGAUGCUUCCUCCACAAGACACUGCUUGUUUCUUCCCUGAUCAAACUAACAACAACAACAGUCUGUUACUUGGGGAUAAAGAAAAAGUUAUCGCCAUGGAAUUUGCUGUUUCUUGUGUUCAAGAAUUGACUAAAAUGUGUAACACAGAUGAGCCUUUGUGGAUUAAAAAGAAGUCUGACAAGAUUGGCAGCGAGAUUUUGUGUCUGAAUGAGGAAGAGUACAUGAGAUUGUUCCCAUGGCCGAUAGAGAAUCAUAACAACAACAAAGGAGAUUUUCGUAGAGAAGCUUCAAAAGCAAACGCGGUUGUUAUCAUGAACAGCAUAACGCUAGUUGACGCGUUUAUAAACGCUGAUAAGUGGUCGGAGAUGUUCUGUUCAAUCGUGGCUAGGGCGAAAACAAUUCAGAUAAUUUCAUCUGGAGUUUCUGGAGCCAGUGGCUCUCUUCUACUGAUGUAUGCAGAGUUACAGGUAUUAUCUCCAUUGGUUCCAACUCGAGAAGCUUAUUUUUUACGGUAUGUGGAACAAAACGCAGAAGAUGGAAACUGGGCAAUCGUAGAUUUCCCCAUCGAUAGCUUCCAUGAUCAAAUCCAGCCACUGAAUGCUAAUACUCCUCAUGAGUAUAAAAGAAGAACUUCAGGCUGCAUCAUUCAAGACAUGCCUAAUGGAUACUCACAGGUCAAGUGGGUGGAGCACGUGGAAGUAGACGAGAAACAUGUGCACGAGACAUUCGCCGAGUACGUAGGAAGCGGAAUGGCUUUUGGAGCUAACCGUUGGCUCGACGUGUUGCAGAGACAGUGCGAGAGGGUCGCUAGUCUAAUGGCUAGAAACAUAACUGAUCUUGGAGUGAUUUCAUCUGCAGAAGCUAGGAGGAACAUAAUGAGGUUAUCGCAGCGGAUGGUGAGAACAUUCAGUGUGAAUAUAAGCACUUCUUACGGACAAUCUUGGACCGCAUUGUCCGAGACAAACAAGGACACAGUAAGGAUCACUACGAGGAAAAUGUGCGAACCUGGUCAACCUACAGGAGUUGUUCUUUGUGCUGUCUCAACCACUUGGCUUCCAUUUUCUCAUCUCCAAGUCUUCGAUCUUCUCCGCCAUCAACAUCAUCACUCUCUGUUGGAGGUUUUGUUCAAUGGUAAUUCACCUCAUGAAGUUGCUCAUAUAGCAAAUGGUUCACAUCCUGGAAACUGCAUCUCUCUUCUUCGAAUCAAUGUAGCGAGCAAUUCAUGGCAUAACGUAGAGCUGAUGCUACAAGAAAGCUGCAUUGAUAACUCCGGUAGCUUAAUCGUAUACUCAGCCGUCGACGUCGACUCGAUCCAGCUCACGAUGAACGGGGAAGAUCCUUCUAGUAUUCCUCUUUUGCCCCUCGGUUUCUCCGUCGUCCCAGUGAAUACUCCGGUUAAUGUCGAGGGUGUUUCCGUCAAUUCGCUUUCUCCGCCGUCGUGUCUUCUCACCGUCGGGAUUCAGGUCUUGGCGAGCAACGUACCAACCGCGAAACCGAAUCUCUCCACCGUCACUACCAUCAACAACCACCUUUGUUCGAUCGUCAAUCAGAUCACUUCUGUUCUUAGCAGCACCGUUUCUCCGGCGAUUGCAGCUUCCGGAGAAGCCAAACAAGAGCUCAGCUAG